GUACUAGCAUUCGCUGUUCGGACUGUUGCGGGCUUUAGUUGAUCGUCUUCCAUCGCACCGAUCAGUCGCCAUCGUUUUGCCGCUGCCGCCGUCCGCAUCGUGUUAGCAUUGUGGCUCUGACGUUUUGUGUUGAGUGCCCAAAGUCGUAGACCUCGAGCAGCUCGAGCGCAUGUGACUGUUGUGUUUGUGUGUGUGUUUUUAAGCAUUUUAUCUAAACCGUGCUAUUCCGGCCCGAACAGUGGAUCAAAUACAUACUGAAGGCAAGCAAGAUAAGCAGGUGACAAGCGCACGCUCACACAAAGCGAUCACACAACACCAAAGGGGAAGCUCGGAAAAAAGGAUACACGACGGGCGAGACUGCGUGCUGGCGUGCGACUGCCUUCGCGACUUUACCCUUGCCAAUUAGCGUGCGCGCGGAACGAUCAAAUUAGAUUGCAUUUUACAACGGAAGAAGCACUGUUUUUACCCAGCUUCUACCAUCACCCAGCGGCCAACGAAGGUAGAGAAGCAAUACCAAAUACCGAACCAACUCGACAGUGUAAACUGGUGCUGGCGCUUCGUUACCGCUCUCGAGCCAAGUGUCCUGCACGAGGAUCUAUUUUGAGCGCUACUUGCUCGGGACAUUUUUAAAGUGGUUGUGUUCGUUAUUGUGUUUAGAUAUCUUUCUUAUUUUCUUUCGUUUUGUUGUUGGCAAGCGAAUUGUAUCACGCUUCGGUAUCUCGGUGCGUCAGUGUCAAUGUCGGUGGCGAAUCACGGGAGUACUAUUUCUUGUCAAGUGACCAACGCCAACAGCAGCAGGCCUGGGCCCUCGCACAUCCCAUCCCCGCAUCAGUCACGGCUUCGAACGUGACACAGCUCGUGAGCGCAAUUUUAGCUACGAUUGUUUAAAUCAAACAUUUGCUUCGGGAAGGGUAGAGCUGACGGCCCCAAAAAAGAAAAGCAAAGCAUCCACCCCAAGACACGCACCACCCCUUGCCUUCCACUGGACCCCAACCGGCAAGGCGUCUAAUAUUUUACGACCAAAACGUAGCAAGCAACAAGCAAAAAACGAAAAAAAGCGUAAUUUAAAACAUCCGCAAAGUCGGAACAAGCCGUAUAGUCGUGCAGUGAAGUCUAUCGAAUAUUUUACCGUAUGCACUUGUGGUGGUGAUAGCAGCCGUACUACAUUGUAGCAGCAGCGUUAGCGAGAGGGAGCAGUUUUUUUUUCUAAUUGGUAGUGCAAGAUAGACACUCGACGACCGCCAAAAUAUUAGAAAAGCUUCGGAGCGUAUAGCGCGGCCCAUACACAAACACUACUUCCAUAUCUUGGUCACCGUAUUGGAUCAUCGCAAGUCAAGCGCAGUCAAGAAGAGACACAGCUCUACACGAUGACGGUUGAUAAAGGCCACACCAAUACCGCGUUCGUCGGCGACGAAGCAAUCAAUGGCAAGAAACCACCGCAGGCGAAGACGAUCGAUCCCAACAUGUACACGCUGGAGAUACAGGAGAAGAAACCCGGCCUAGAGACGGAGUACGAUCCGUUCCAGCACCGGCUGGUUGAGCAUCCAACGACCAACAACGAAACGCUGAUUCAUCUGCUGAAGGGCUCGCUCGGCACAGGCAUUCUCGCUAUGCCCAAUGCCUUCCACCAUGCCGGAUGGACGGUGGGUGUUGUCGGCACGUUGCUGAUCGGGCUCCUGUGUACGUACUGCAUCCACCUGCUGAUCAAGGCGGAGUACGAGCUGUGCAAGCGGAAACGAGUGCCGAGUCUGAACUAUCCGGCCGUUACGCAGACGGCCCUGCUGGAGGGUCCGGACGCACUGAAGCCACUGUCCAAAAUCAUUAUCCACGUGGUGAAUGUGUUUCUCCUAAUCUAUCAGCUCGGCACGUGCUGCGUGUACGUCGUGUUCGUGUCUUCCAACAUUAAAGCCAUCGCCGAUUACUACACCGAAACGGACACCGACGUGCGGUUGUACAUGCUGAUCAUUCUUCUGCCACUGAUCCUGAUCAACUGGGUUAGAAAUUUGAAAUUUUUGGCACCCUUCUCGACGAUCGCUAAUUUUGUCACGCUCGUUUCGUUCGGCAUCAUCCUGUACUACAUCUUCCGCGAGCCCAUCUCGUUCGAGAACCGCGACCAGGUCGGCACGAUGAGCGGGUUCGCGCUGUUCUUCGGUACUGUGUUGUUUGCACUGGAAGCUAUCGGUGUGAUUCUGCCGCUGGAGAAUGAGAUGAAAACGCCCAAGAAGUUCGGAGGAAACUUUGGUGUGCUGAACAAGGCCAUGAUCCUGAUCGUGACGCUGUACGUUGGUAUGGGCUUCUUCGGGUAUCUGAACUACGGUUCGGCUAUUAAGGGAUCGAUCACGCUUAACCUACCCGAGGAAGAAAUCUUGGCGCAGUGCGUUAAGGGAAUGUUAGCUUUCGCCAUCUACAUCACGCACGGAUUGGCGUGCUACGUCGCGAUAGACAUCACCUGGAACGACUACCUGAAGAAGAACCUAGGUGACUCUCCACGAAGCGUCUUUUACGAGUACAUCGCCCGAACGGUGCUGGUGUUAAUCACAUUCCUGCUGGCAGUGGCCAUUCCCAAUCUGGAACUGUUCAUCUCGCUGUUCGGUGCCCUGUGUCUUUCCGCACUGGGCAUUGCCUUCCCCGCGCUGAUUGAAACCUGCACCUACUGGCACUAUCGGAAGGGCAUGGCCAAGGUGUGGAUGGUUGUGAGGAACAGCGUUAUCGGUGUGGUCGCAAUACUAGGACUAGUGAUCGGUACGUCGACCAGCAUGAUCGAAAUUAUUCACACCUUCGGUCACGACGAUUGAGGCUUGCGCGGCUGUGUGCGCUAGCAAUCAGCGCGCAGAGCAGCGAAAAUCAACAUCCGCAACCAACAUGAAGUAUUGAUUCGCCAUCUUUUCACUCCAUCAUUACAAAUAAGUAUUAUUCGACACGUAAACAGCGCACCUGGCGACAGGGAGAAAGUGCACUUUUCAGCAGUAGCGUAGUGAGGGAUGAACGAGAGACAGAGGGAGUGAGAGAGAAAUGAGAGAAAGGCAUAAAUGACGCGUGUGAGGAGAGAUGUGAAAUGUUAAAGCCAUAACCAUUCCUAUGAGCAGUGUGUUGAGAAGUCUAGGCAAAGUAAGGGGUAGCGCUCGGACUACUAUUGCUGCUGCUACUACUACUACUACAACCGUGCUGCUCCUGAUCUCCUGAUCUUGAUGGCAGGCGGUGGCUACCAGUCUGGCCGUCCAUCUGCCCGCCAGCUGUUCGAUCGUUACUGUCAUAUGUGCUUUUGUGUUUAAAGUGUUGUUGUUCACACAAUUCAUUCGAUGUUUCCUAUGAUCGCAACGAUCGCAACUGUGAAGCGGUGGAUUACGCACAAGAAGCCCACCUGGACGAACGUAUGUAUCUAUAAGACUAGCUAAGCUAAGUGAAAUGAUCGAAACCGUAAUUUGAAAACUUGUGUACAUAGCGUAAGUGAAGCUGCAAUAAACCCAUAUUUUAAACAAAUUA